AUGCGCUCAGCCAUCCUCAUCGCCGGCCUUGCAGCUCUUGCUACAGCCUCUCCUACACCUCAGAUCUUCGAUUCUGACCAGCUUGCCGACCUACCUAGCCCUCCUAUCACCGACGUUUCCUCCGGAGCUGGCAGUGAAAUCAUUCCUCUGGACACCAAUGCGCUUGCAGCCAAUGCUGUUUCUGACAUCAUCGCUGACCCAUCUCCUGAUCUUGAUGCCAAUAUUCCAGCCGCCGUUGACACCUCGUCGCUCGAGAAACGUACCCCUGGCGAUUGUGCGCUUCAACCCGUGGGUUACGGUCCUACUUCUCCUCAAGUCGCUGAUGACCCGGCUUCGUUCCUGAGCUCGACUCUGCUUUCCGGUCCAGCAUUGGCUGCCCCUAAGUGGGUCAAUGGCUUUCAUCAGACCUUCCAGAACAAACAGGCCAGUGUCAGCGGCUGUAGCUACCAGGGCUACAAGACUUACAAGACAUACGAUGUCUCUCAGGCUGCUGCUGAUUGCAAGAACAUUGCAGGCUGCAAGGGAUUCAACAUUUUCUAUGAGCGCGAUCCUACUAAGGACCCUGGUGCUAAUUGUGUCAACCCACCCUCAACUACUUUAAUCAAGGCAUCAUUCUGGGGUAACCUAAUAAGCGAGAACUUGGCCACCAACAAGGGUCAAUACCGCNAAAAAUUCCAAGUUGUCAUUGCCGGAUCGAACGGCUACAACAUCGAUUCGUGCGAGACAGCCAUUCAAGGUUGGACCCAGCAACAGCUCGGCAGUUGCACCAUCAACGCGCCCUUGACUCCCUGCGCUAAUGGCGCCGGUUCUUGGAUCACCUACCAGAGCUUCUCGGACGGCAACAUGGACAACGCCCGCUGCAAGGCUGCGUGUGACGCCCUCACGGCCAAGGACCCUAGCACUCCCUGCAACUUCUUCACUUCCUACAUGCAGGUCCACGACAACAAGUGCGGAAUCCAGUUCUGUAGCUUCUACCAGAGCGCCUGGGACAAGAGCUACUGCACUAACACUGGAGAUCCCGUUAACCUCAACACCAUCGCUUGGGCUUCAUCUUUCACCAACAACGCCUGUGAUGGCUCUGAGCUCUGCCCAGUCCCUUCCACUCAUCUGUAG